GUGAUUUGACAUUUGACAUUAAUUUCGUAAUUUCAUGAAAACUUUGUUGCUUUUUCAUGUUUUUCGUUAGAUUAAAGUCAAUGUUUUCAUGAUUUUAGCUUUUAAAGCGCGCCGCUUAUACUCGUUAUACAGUAUCUAUUUCAGCGGAAGUUUUCCAAAGUGUCUAGCCGACCGAUCCAAGGUUUCAGAUUCCUUCCAGUUUCCACGUCUUCAAGAAUAGAGGCUCAAUCAUGGCUGACACAAGUGCUAAAGAACCGUCCGUGACUAAAGUGCCCAUGAUAUACGUUUGUGGCGAAUGCCACAGGGAAAAUGAAAUUAAGCCUAGAGAUCCAAUCAGAUGCAGAGAAUGUGGUUACCGCAUUAUGUACAAGAAGAGAACAAAGAGAUUGGUUGUGUUUGACGCCCGAUAAGAAGAAAUAAAAAAAUUGUAUAAGUAUUUCAUUUUACAUUUACUUUAAUCUUAUCAUUAUAAAAUAUCUACAUAAUAUAAUGUAUAGUAAACAAUAAAUGGGCAAAUAUUUGA